AAUGCUUUGUAUCAGUUGUCGCGUGACGUGACAGCGCGGCUAUUGUGUAUAAAGAGUUGCUAGUAAAUCCAUUAGCGUCAGUUUUAGGUUCGGUCUCUCAACCAUUUGAAGUGAGAAACCAGUGAUGACGAUGCUAUUAGUUCUGUGCUCGGUGGCGCUUUUUAUUGGGGCUCAUGGAGCUGCGUUGGGGGACAUGCCAAAGAUGGACCAAAGUCUUGAAUACAACCCUUUUCUUGACAUGGCCAGCGAAUUUCAAUCUCAUGCCAAUCAAGACCAAGGCGCCUCAUCGUUCGUGAUAUGUAUGGCAAAAUGCUUGGGAAAAAGUGUUACAGAGGUCGAAGGUUGGGUCAAGGAAUGUGGAAAAGACGCAAAAUGUUGGCUGGAAAAAGUUGGCGGAGCUGCUUUGAAAUGUGUAGGAGAAUGCCUUGCCACUUCUUCUUUAGAUAUGUCUGAAGAACCUGCGUUCGUCGCAGAUGAAGCCAUCCCUCCCUUUGUGGAAUGUUUGGGGAAGUGUCUGUUAAAAAGUAUAGUCCCAGAAAUAGCCGACUGGGUUAAGGCGUGUGGCCAGGACGCCAAAUGUUGGUUGGGAAAAGUUGGUGGAGCUGUCGUAAAAUGCAUCGGAAGCUGUAUCCCUUAUGCCGAGCAAACCGAAGCUGAAGUCUUUUCGAAAUUGGCAACCGUUGAAGAGCAAGCCAUCCCUCCCUUUGUGAAAUGUUUGGGAAAGUGUUUGCUACAAAGUAUCGUUCCUGAGAUAGGCGACUGGGUCAAGGCUUGUGGGCAGGAUGCCAAAUGUUGGUUGGCAAAAGUUGGCGGAGCUGUCGUAAAAUGUAUUGGAAGCUGUAUCCCUUAUGCCGAGCAAACCGAAGAAUUUGUGUCCGUCGAAGACCAAGCCAUCCCUCCCUUUGUGGAAUGUAUGGGGAAAUGCUUGUUGAAAAGUAUAGUUCCAGAGAUAGGCGACUGGGUUAAGGCAUGUGGACAUGACGCUAAGUGUUGGCUGGGAAAAGUUGGCGGAGCUGUUGUAAAAUGUAUUGGAAGCUGUAUCCCUUACGCCGAGCAAACAGAAGCCUUUUCGAAAUUGGCAACCGUCGACGAACAAGACAUUCCUCCAAUUGUGAAAUGUUUGGGCAAGUGUUUGCUACAAAGUAUCGUUCCCGAGAUAGGCGACUGGGUCAAGGCUUGUGGGCAGGAUGCCAAAUGUUGGUUGGGAAAAGUUGGCGGAGCUGUCGUAAAAUGUAUCGGAAGCUGCAUUCCUUAUGCCAAGCAGACUGAAGAAGACGUGACUCUGGAAGAACAAGACAUUCCUCCAAUUGUGAAAUGUUUGGGAAAGUGUUUGCUACAAAGUAUCGUUCCCGAGAUAGGCGACUGGGUGAAGGCGUGCGGACAGGACGCCAAAUGUUGGUUGGGAAAAGUUGGCGGAGCUGUUGUAAAAUGUAUCGGAAGCUGUAUUCCAUAUGCCGAACAAACCGAAGCUGAAGCCUUUUCGAAAUUGGCAACCGUCGACGAACAAGACAUUCCUCCAAUUGUGAAAUGUUUGGGCAAGUGUUUGCUACAAAGCAUCGUUCCCGAGAUAGGCGACUGGGUUAAGGCAUGUGGACAUGACGCCAAAUGUUGGUUGGGAAAAGUUGGCGGAGCUGUCGUAAAAUGUAUCGGAAGCUGCAUCCCUUAUGCCAAGCAGACUGAAGAAGACGUGACUCUGGAAGAACAAGACAUUCCUCCAAUUGUGAAAUGUUUGGGAAAGUGUUUGCUACAAAGUAUCGUUCCCGAGAUAGGCGACUGGGUGAAGGCGUGCGGACAGGACGCCAAAUGUUGGUUGGGAAAAGUUGGCGGAGCUGUUGUAAAAUGUAUCGGAAGCUGUAUUCCAUAUGCCGAACAAACCGAAGCUGAAGUCUUUUCGCAAUUGGCAACCGUUGACGAACAGGCCAUCCCUCCUUUUGUGGAAUGUUUGGGAAAGUGUUUGUUAAAAAGUAUAGUCCCAGAGAUAGCCGACUGGGUUCAGGCGUGUGGGCAUGACGCCAAAUGUUGGUUGGGAAAAGUUGGCGGAGCUAUUGUAAAAUGUAUCGGAAGCUGUAUCCCUUAUGCCGAGCAAACAGGAGAGAACAACAGGUUGCCUUCUUAUUCUGUUAUGAUGCGCUACCCUCUCUCACAAAGACUGUUGAAGUCUGCUUAUGCUGAGAGUAAACUGCGCCAGAACCUUUGAAAUUCUAACAGACAUCACAAUGCAGUAAAGCCUCGUACAUUUCGGCCUGAAUGACAUUGAUGGGAAAAUUCAGUGACUCUUAACAUAAUUCACAGACUCUUACAUGAACGAUGUAGAUUUAAUUCCCGCUUGAUGUAUAUAUCUUUAGAAAUGUGAAGUAAAGAGGAAAAUAAAGUAAGCGACAAAAUAUGCUAUCGAUAUUUCGGUUUAAGGGGAUAUUUUUUAACUUUUAGUUGACAGCAUUAAAACUGUAGCUCAAAUCGUCUCACUACCUUAAUUUUGAUAUACAGACAAUGUAUAAAGUGUGUACAUGGACAUGCCAAUGCAACUGUCAUGUGACGUCCAGUCUGCCGGUCAGCCUGGUGGCGAUUCCAAUAUAUUAUCUGAUAAAAAGAUCUUAUCUCUCUUGAUUGUACA